GCAAGGCCCCCAAAUGCGACUUGAAUAUAUUGACCAAAUAGUCAGUUGCCAUGGACAAAAUCAAUCAUCCCAAAAUUAUUCUUCACUUUUACUGACGUGAUUCGGAAGAGAAGUUGCAUUUUUCAGUUGGUUUUUGCUCAAAAUGGAAUUUACAUUCAAGAAGGAGCGACGCUCCUUUGGAGCCCGCGUCACAUUCGAGGACAAGGAUGCGGUGGUGUUCAGCGAGAAUUCGAAUCCGGAGCUAGUCAAGAACUACAUCCUGCAGAACCCCGUGGACCGGGUGACGCAAUAUGCCGGACAGACCUCGCUGAGUGUGGCCAAUACGGAAAGGGCCACGUACAAGAGCUCGGGGAUCACACAUAAUGAAGGCGGGUGGCCCAAGGACAUCAACAUGCACGAUCCGGAGCAGACGGUGCGAUACAAGCGCAAAAUCGAGAAGGACGAGAAUUACAUCACGCAGGUGAUGAAUCUGACCAAGCCGAUGGAGCACUAUAUACACCAGAACAAUGCGGUCAACAUAUAUGAGAACUAUUUCGAGAAUCUCGAUCCCGCCCCGCUGCCCGAACCGUGCAAGUCGCGGACGGUCAACGUGUACCGCGAUCCCAAUCCCGUCAAGGUGCCGGUGAAGCAUCUGUCCUGGUCCCCGGAUGGCGGCAUCAAGAUGGCCGUCAGCCACUGCGACAUGCGGUUCCAGGGCGAUAAGUCCAACCAGAAGUGCAACUCGUACAUCUGGGAGGUGGAGAACCCCAACGAGCCCUUUCUCACCCUGGAGCCAAAGGUUCCCUGCGUCUGCCUGGAGUACAACCAGAAGGAUCCGACCAGUCUGGUCAGCGGUAUGUACAAUGGCCAGGUGGCCGCCUGGGACACGCGGCACGGCAAGCAUCCGGUGAUGAUCAGCGAACGGGAGGUGUGCCACCGGGAUCCGGUCAACUCGGUGCUGUGGAACAACUCAAAAAGUGGCACCGAGUUCUUCUCCGGCGGCUCCGAUGGUCAGGUGUUGUGGUGGGACACCAGGAAGCUCACCGAGCCACUGGACCGCCUGCUCAUGGAUCCGGUGAAGAGUGACGAUCAGGAUUUGUCGCGAUCGUACGGCAUUUCGGUGCUGGAGUAUGAAACUACUAUACCCACACGGUUUAUGGCCGGCACGGAGAUGGGAAUGCUCUUCUCCUGCAAUCGCAAGGGCAAGACGCCUACGGAAAAGAUUCAGAUACGGAUGAUGUGCCACCUGGGCCCGGUGUAUGCCAUCACCCGGAAUCCAGCCUUUGUGAAGAACUUCCUCACCGUGGGCGACUGGUGUGCCCGCAUUUGGUCGGAGGAUUGCCGAGAGAGCUCCAUCAUUUGGACCAAGAGCAGCAGCUCCAUGCUGACCGAUGGGGCCUGGAGCUACACCAAGGUCUCGCAGUUCUUCAUCACCCGGAUGGAUGGGGUCAUGGACACGUGGGAUCUGCUCCAGCAGCAAAACGAGCCUGUCCUCACGGUCAAGGUGUGUGAUGAGCCGCUCUACUGUGUCCGGACAAACGAGAACGGCAAGUUCGUCAGUUGUGGCAGCCAGUUGGGAGCCACCUUUCUCAUCGAGGUCUCCGACAACAUGGUGAUGUCGGCCAAGAACGACAAGCCACUGCUAACUGCUAUGUUCGAGCGGGAGAACCGACGCGAGAAGAUCCUGGAGGCCAAGUCCCGGGAGAGUAAGCUGAAGGUUAAGGCCAACCAUGGUCAGGAUCAGGCGGACAACAUGAUGCUCAACGGCAAGGUUAAUAUGGCUCCGUUCGAGGGAGCCUGCGAACAGGCCGCCGCAGAAUACCAUGCGGCCGUGGAACAGGAACGCCAAAGGCGACUGCCCGGCGGAAAGCAGGAUGCGGAGGAGGCUGAUGUGUCCGAAGCAGAGAGCUCAAAGCCCUAAAUCUCCGAUGGAAUGGUACCGUUUUCCUAUAAAAUACCUUGGAGCCGCUCCGAUUUGAAAGUGUCGGUUGGGAGGUAUUUCCCCAAGGUGGGGCCGCCAACUAAGUGAUUCAUCCACCUGGGUUAAUUAUAAGAAUUCGGGUUUUGCUUUUCCGGGUGACUGUAGUCCAAAUGCAAGGGGCCGGUCCCCCGUCAUCCCAUUCCAUUCCAUUCAGCAGUCACGUACGCCAGAUACAAUACGCUGCCUGCCUUUUUGUUUAUUGUUUAUUUGCUGAAGCUAUCACCACACAAAAAAAUGGAAAUCCAAAUCCAAGAUUUAUAAUAAUCAAAACAAUCUUGACCUUAACAUGUCUCGUUUGUUUUGGUAGAUUAUUACUAUUGCGUAUUAACUUAAAAGAUUUACUAACAUUAUGUUGAUUACCAAAACUGAAAGAGUUUCAUAAAAUCUGAAAUAUAAGUCAUAGUUUAUAGAUAAUUAACUGGAAUACUAUGAAAUUUUGUAUAUAUAAACUUAUAUAGGAACAUUUCAAAUAUAUGUCCCGAUUUUAAUGUUUUUGAAGCUAUUAGAAAGAAACAAAACAACCAAACCGAACAAAACAAUUUCA